AUGGCAGACACUCAGAAACGGCCGGAAAACACCUGCAGAAGGGAAACGAGGGCCAAAAAAAACUGGGCAUCGGAGCGUGACGUUCACGCGCAGUUGACGGCGGUGAAAUUUUGGGGACAGGCCGAACUUGGCUUUCCGGUUCUGAUUCUGGGGUUGCUUCGGAGUGGUCUUCAGGGGAAUAGUAAACUUUCAAGGGCAAUCCCUUUUGAGAGUGGUGAUCUUCCAUUGCUACAAACUCUCAAGCUUCUUGGUGACUUUGUUUUCGAAACUAAAGUUGCAGAAUGGGUGUCUAAUCUCUCCUUUUUUAGGAAUCUUGAAUUUGUGUCAUUGAUUCUUGGCAACCCUCAUGAAUGGCUCCAAAUAAUUCGAAAGCAUAUUCCAAAUUUAACAGGAGUGAUCCUUGACCUUUCUUAUAACAAUCUCACUUCAUCAAUAUUUCAAGGCAAUUUUAACUUUGGCUCCAACCUUGAAGAGCUUGAUUUGUCAAAUUGCAGUCUUAUGGAUACAAGUUUUCUCGUGUCAUCUACUUCCAUUAUGAAUUCUUCAUCUUCUCUUGUUGUUCUUCGUCUCUCCACUAACCUAUUCACAUCAUCAAAUAUAUUCCACUGGAUUUUCAACUUCACAACCAAUAUUCACACCCUUGAUCUUGGUGGCAACUUGUUAGAAGGCCUUGUUCCAAUAGGUUUUGACAAACCAAUGAACUCUCUUGAAUAUCUCGAUCUCUCUUUAACAAGCUGCAAGGAGAUAUUCCAGCUUUGUUUGGAAAUAUUUGCACGUUGCAGAUACUAUACUUGUCAUCUAACAACUUCAGUGGGGACUCUUCAAACUUCUUUCAAAAUUCUUCAUGGUGCAACAGACAUAUUUCGUGGGCUAUCCUUGUCUGACAAUCGAAUCACUGGUGUGAUACCUAAAAGCAUCGAAUUGUUAUCUGACUUGGAGUAUCUGAACCUACAGAAUAAUUGUUUGAAGGGUGAAAUCACUGAAUCAUAUCUCAUGAGCUUUUCUAAAUUAAAAUACUUGUACUUGUCACACAACUUAUUAUCUCUAAAUUUUGUCCCCAACUGGAUUCCUCCUUUCCAAAUAGUAGUUUUGGAACUAGUAUCUUGCAGGCUGGGUCCUAGCUUUCCAAGUUGGCUACUGACUCAAAAUUACAUAGAUUAUCUGGAUAUUUCUGAUGCGGGGAUUCAUGGCUUUGUACCUGAGUCAUUUUGGUACAAGUUGCAACUUGGAUAUUAUUUGAAUAUGUCCCACAACAAUUUUGAAGGUGUUAUUCCAACUUUACCAAAAGGUGUGGAAAACUGGUUCAAGGAUCCAGAGUUUGGUCUUAAGGCCAUUGAUCUCUCAGGUAAUCAGUUAACCCGUGAAAUUCCAAAAGAGAUCGGAUAUUUGGUUGGAUUAAAUGAACUGAAUUUAUCAAGAAAUAAUCUAAAAGGAGAGAUUCCUUCAGAAAUCGAAAAUCUAACUUCUCUGGAUUCCCUUGACCUAUCAAGAAAUGAUUUGUGUGGUAGAAUUUCUUCAAGUCUGUCCCAAAUUGAUGGGAUUAGUGCGUUAGACUUGUCAUACAACAAUCUAUCUGGAAGAAUUCCAUCAGGGAGACACAAGGAUACCUUUGGAGCCUCUUUCCUUGAAGGAAAUCCUAAUCUAUGUGGUGAGAAACUCCACAAAACUUGUCCAGAAGACAUAACACUAACAAAGCCACAAGAACCAACAACACAUGAUGAUGUAGAUGACAAUUCAGAUUUUUAUGAAGCAUUAUACAUGAGCUUGGGUUUUGGAUUUUUCACGGGCUUUUGUGGCCUUUUAGGGCCAUUACUGUUUUGGAGGCCUUGGAGAAUUGCUUAUCUCAGAUUCUUGAACAAAUGGGCAGACUACAUAUAUGUAAUUGUGGAUUGA